AUGUCUACAGCUGCGAACGCCGAGAAGCCAUUGCAGCUGCCGCCAGGGAGACUCAUCAUAGAGUACCUGCAAGAGUGUGCACUUGCAAAUAACAGUAAUGGGGCGACAUUAUCGGACAUAGUGCAACACCUUAGCGAAGAGCAUGGCGAGAGACCGACCGAAGACUUGAACAUGGCUGUACAGUCGGUACUGGACAAUGGAGCUGCUCUGGGUUUUUUGGAGAGGAAAGGUUCACAUUUCAUCACGUAUCUAGCGCGUGGUAUGCGCUGCGGUAGACGUCGAAGGAGAUCCCGUUGUCGACGCAGAAGACGUAGGAGCCGAUGCCGACGACGACGUCGAAGUCGAUGCCGGCGCAAGCGUAAGUGCAGCAGACGCAGGCGGCGCAAGCGCUGUGGUUGCUGA